UCUUUGUCUUUCAGAAAGCUCAAAUAAAGCAUUUGCACAUGCGGACGGAAACAGAUACGUUUUUUGCUUGACAUCAAUGGAAUUUUCUUUUUCAGAUACACAUGGUAUACCGUAAGCUCUGCACGUGUCGUUUAUCUUUAUCUGUAAACGCUCAAUCAAAAAACUGCGUAAUAUUUGAUUGUGAAGAACAAAGUACCUGUGUAAUGAUAUAAACCGUCAGAUGGAAGCACAGAUCGUUGAUGUAUGAUAAUAGGCAGGUCAAUUUAGGGCAACUACUUGAUAUCAAUUUAACCUUUAUCUGGAAACUGGGACAAAGAUCAGGAUGACUGGGAUGAGCAAAACCAUACAGCUAAAUAAUGGGAAUGAAAUCCCAAUUAUUGGACUGGGUACUUGGCAGAGUUCAAAGGAAGAGCUCAAGACAGCCCUGCGUGCGGCCAUAGAUGUGGGAUACAGACAUAUUGACACGGCCUAUAACUACAUGAAUGAGGAUACAAUUGGUGAAGUUCUACAGGAAUACAUUAACAGUGGAAAAGUGAAAAGAGAGGAAUUGUUUAUCGUAACUAAGCUUCCAAUGAUUCAUAUGGAUCCAAAUCUGGUGAAGAGAUCCAUAGAGAUAAGUCUGAAGAAACUGCAGUUAUCGUAUGUAGAUUUGUACCUGAUACAUGGUCCUAUACCUCUAGAGUAUGAUGGAAAUGACAACAAUAUUUUCCCACUAACUGAAGACGGAGGCUGGAAAAUAGCAGAAAAGAGUGACCUUUUGGGAACAUGGAAGGCGAUGGAGAAACUUGUAGACUUUGGACUGACCAAAUCUGUUGGAGUGUCUAACUUUAGUAUUUCACAAAUUGAAAGGAUCUGCAAGAUGGCUGAACACAAACCUGUCACAAACCAGGUGGAAUGUCACAUAUAUUUUUCACAGAAAGAGUUGUUCAAUGCCUGUAAGAAGCUUGGAGUUACAUUGACAGCUUACAGUCCAAUUGGUUCUCCAGGAAGGCCUAAAAAUCUAAAAGAGGCAGAUGAACCUGUUGCUUUAGAAGAUCCUAUCAUCCAAAGAAUAGCAACGAAAUAUGGAAAAACGCAUGCACAGAUUUUGCUUCGAAAUCUCAUCCAAAGAGGUAUUAUUGUAAUUCCAAAGAGUGUGACUCCAGAAAGAAUACGUAGCAAUUUCCAGGUUUUCGAUUUUUCUCUAUCUGAAGAAGAAAUGGGAGAUAUUGAUCACAUAACAAUACAAAAACGUUACUUUGACAUGUCUACAAAGUUCAAGGAUCAUCCAGAGCGUCCAUGGUGAAGAAGAAAAUACAAACAAAAUAUUAAAUCAUUCAGACUGCCUUCAUCAUCUGUAAACUCAUCUCUCUCUCUCUCUCUCUCUCUCUCUC